UUUUCAGUGCUAGACCAUUGAUCUCAUCUGAUGCAUCUUUCCCCCUUUUCCAAUUGAACUGUACUCCUGUCAGUCCAGGACACAAAUAAAUUAGUUGGCCCAGAGGUUGCAGUUGAGUAGCACUGCAGUGGGCAAACAAAGACAGGGGGUCAAAAAUGAGCAUCGGUGAGCUUCAACAUCUGGACUAUCUGACGGAGAACGAGCUGAUGGGGAUGGACACGUUCAUCCAUCGGAUCGACUCCACGGAGGUGAUCUACCAGCCACGCCGCAAGAGGGCUAAGCUCAUUGGCAAGUAUCUGAUGGGGGACCUGCUGGGGGAGGGCUCGUACGGGAAGGUGAAGGAGAUGCUGGACUCAGAGACACUAUGCAGGAGAGCUGUCAAGAUCCUCAAGAAAAAGAAGCUGAGAAGGAUCCCCAAUGGAGAAGCUAAUGUGAAAAAGGAGAUUCAGCUGCUACGGAGACUACAGCACAAAAAUGUGAUCCAGUUGGUGGAUGUGUUGUACAAUGAGGAGAAGCAGAAAAUGUAUAUGGUGAUGGAGUAUUGCGUCUGUGGGAUGCAGGAAAUGUUGGACAGUGUUCCAGAGAAAAGAUUUCCAGUAUUUCAAGCUCACGGGUACUUUUGCCAGCUUUUAGAUGGCCUUGAAUAUUUGCACAGCCAGGGAAUAGUUCACAAAGACAUUAAACCAGGGAAUUUGCUGCUGACCACAGAUGGGGCGCUCAAAAUCUCAGACUUAGGUGUCGCAGAGGCUCUUCACCCUUUUGCGGCGGACGACACGUGUCGAACGAGUCAGGGCUCCCCUGCGUUCCAACCACCGGAGAUCGCCAACGGUCUGGACACGUUUUCAGGGUUCAAAGUGGACAUCUGGUCAGCAGGAGUCACACUAUACAACAUCACAACCAGUCUCUAUCCGUUUGAGGGGGAUAACAUCUAUAAGCUAUUUGAGAACAUUGGCAAAGGAGACUACACCAUACCAGAGGAGUGUGGACCCCUACUGUCUGACCUUCUGAGAGGAAUGCUUGAAUAUGACCCUGAGAAGAGGUUCUCAAUACAGCAUAUAAGACAGCAUAGCUGGGUACGGAAGAAACAUCCCCCUUCUGAGCCACCAGUACCCAUCCCUCCCAGCCCGGAAACCAGGGACCAGUGGCGGAGCAUGACUGUGGUCCCCUACCUGGAAGAUCUACAUGGUUAUACAGAGGAGGAUGAGGAGGAUGAGUUGUUUGAUGGUGAGGAUGACAUCAUCUAUACUCAGGACUUCACAGUACCAGGCCAGGUUCCAGAGGAUGAAGAUGAGGAAGAAGUUGGCCCAGAGCGGAGCCGCACUAUGGCAAAGCCGGUGUGUGUGAAUGGAACGGAGGCAGGAACACUGAAGCCUAAAUCAGAACGUCGCUCUAGCUCCUCAUCCAAUCCCUCACGGAAGGGCGUGUCCACCGCCAGUAAGAUUCGCAAGCUCUCCACCUGUAAACAGCAAUGACCCUUCUACCCCGGCUGUCCGACUGUACAGGUUGAUCUUCUUUUUCCCGUCCGAUCGUUCUGGGUUUCCAGCAGAGAAUUCGAAAAAACAGUUCCUGACACACAUUUGCCAUUAACUAUGAACUGAAACGGAUACAGUGCCAGGAAGUGUG